AUGAAAUACGUCGUUGUGUCAGGAGGUGUUAUCUCUGGUAUUGGUAAGGGUGUUAUUGCCUCUUCCACGGGUAUGCUGCUCAAGACCCUGGGGUUGACAGUUACUUCAAUCAAGAUCGACCCCUACAUGAACAUCGAUGCUGGUACCAUGUCGCCAUUAGAGCACGGUGAAUGCUUCGUUUUGGACGAUGGUGGAGAGGUUGAUUUGGACUUGGGUAACUACGAGAGAUAUCUCAACAUCACUUUGACGAGAGACCACAACAUCACCACCGGCAAAAUUUACUCCCAGGUGAUUGAGAGAGAAAGAAGAGGUGACUACCUCGGUAAGACCGUCCAGAUCGUUCCACAUCUCACUAAUGCCAUCCAAGACUGGAUUGAGCGUGUGGCAAGAAUCCCAGUUGACGAGUCUGGGUUGACUCCAGAUGUGUGUAUCAUCGAAUUGGGUGGAACAGUGGGUGACAUCGAGUCUGCCCCAUUCGUUGAAGCUUUGAGACAGUUCCAGUUUAGAGUUGGUGUUGAGAACUUUGCGCUGAUCCACGUUUCCUUGGUUCCAGUUAUUCACGGAGAACAGAAGACUAAGCCCACUCAAGCAGCCAUCAAGGACCUGAGAUCUUUGGGUCUGAUGCCUGAUAUGAUCGCCUGCCGUUGCUCCAACAAGUUGGAAGCCGAGACCAUCGAGAAGAUCGCCAUGUUCUGCCAUGUCGGUCACAACCAGGUUCUUGCUGUUCACGAUGUGAACUCCACCUACCAUGUUCCAAUUCUUUUGAACGAGCAAAAGCUGACCGGUUUCUUGACCAAGAGACUGGAAUUGCAAAAGAUCAAGCUCUCCGACAACAUGAAGACCAAAGGUGCCAAACUCUACAAAGACUGGUCGAACUUAUUGACCAAGCACGACAAGUCAUUUGAGAAAGUCACCAUUGCAAUCGUCGGUAAAUACACCCAUCUACACGAUUCGUACCUCUCGGUGAUCAAGGCCUUGGAGCACUCUUCCAUGAGAUGUUCAAGAAAGCUGGAGAUCGUUUGGGUCGAAUCAUCCGAUCUCGAGCCAAGUACCGAGUCCGCUUCUGGUGACAAUAAGGUCAACUUUCACAAGGCGUGGCACAACGUUUGCGUUGCAGAUGGUAUUCUCGUGCCAGGUGGUUUCGGUACCCGUGGUACAGACGGUAUGAUUGCUGCCGCCAAAUGGGCCAGAGAGAACAACGUCCCAUACCUGGGUGUCUGUCUCGGUCUGCAAAUUGCUGUCAUCGAGUUCGUCAACAACGUGGUGGGAAUUAAAGGUUCCACCUCAGCCGAGUUUGACGAAUCCGCAAGUGAAGAAACUGCUUCUGUCGUGUACAUGCCUGAAAUCGAUAAGGAUAAGAUGGGUGGAACCAUGAGACUUGGACUCAGACCAACUGUCUUCCAAAAGGGCACAGAAAAGACUGCCAUCAGACAAUUGUAUGGCGGCCACGAAUCUGUUCCAGAAAGACACAGACACAGAUACGAGAUCAAUCCCAAGCUGGUUUCCCAGAUUGAGGAGAAAGGCCUCAAGUUUGUUGGUAGAGACGAGACCGGCUCUAGAAUGGAGAUCUUUGAGCUGGAGAACCACAAAUACUUUGUUGCAACCCAGUACCAUCCUGAAUACAUAUCCAAGGUGUUGGAUCCCUCGAAGCCCUUCUUGGGCCUUGUGGCUGCUGCUUCUGGUAUCUUGGAAGAUGUAUUGAAGGAGGAUCUCAAUGCUUCGGGAGCCUUUUAA